AUGUUAGAACCCAUUUCUGUUCUCAUACUGUAUGAUCCAAUCCUGUCUGUCACUAGUCUUCUCCAAGCAGCUGGUGUUUUGCAAUUUGCUGAUGGCAACAUUAAGGUCGGUAAGUGCAGCGAUAGUCUCCCUAAACCUCCCCCACAUCCCUGGCACUGGGCGCCCUGCGGCAUGCCUCGAGAAUUUGGCGGUGCGCCUUCCAAUGCUAUACAUACAGUGUCACACGUUGUGGUAGUUUGUAGUUGUUCUUGUACUAGUUUGAUGUCAAAGAACGGCUUUGUCGACUAA